GGGGGGCAGCGGCGGCAGCAGAGCGCUGCCUCGGAGCGGCCCCGCGGCGGGGCGGAGGAACGCGCCCCCUCUCCGGGCACCAUUAAGAGGAAGGCGAUGGAGGAGCUGAGCGCGGACGAGAUCCGGCGGCGGCGCCUGGCACGGCUGGCAGGAGGCUCCUCGUCCCAGCCCAGCACCCCCCUGACGUCCCCGCAGAGAGAGACCCCCCCGGGGCCGCCGGGCGCAGCCCCCGCGCCGGGACCCUCGCACAGCCUGGGCCUCAACGUGCACAGCAUGACCCCAGCUACCUCUCCCAUCGGGGCGGCAGGAGUAGCCCACCGAAGCCAGAGCAGCGAAGGAGUGAGUUCCCUCAGCAGUUCUCCAUCAAACAGCCUUGAAACCCAAUCUCAGUCCCUCUCUCGGUCUCAGAGCAUGGACAUUGAUAGUGUCUCCUGUGAGAAAAGUAUGUCCCAGGUGGAUGUGGAUUCAGGAAUCGAGAACAUGGAGGUUGAUGAGAACGAUCGCAGAGAGAAGCGGAGUCUGACAGACAAGGAGCCUCUGUCAGGGUCAGAAGUGUCAGAGGAACAAGCUCUACAGCUGGUCUGUAAGAUCUUCAGAGUCUCUUGGAAGGACCGAGACAGAGACGUUAUCUUCCUGAAUUCACUCUCUGCCCAGUUCAAGCAGAACCCGAAGGAAGUGUUUUCAGAUUUUAAGGACUUGAUUGGGCAGAUUUUGAUGGAAGUGCUGAUGAUGUCCACGCAGGCCAGGGACGAGAACCCCUUUGCCAGCCUGACAGCCACCUCCCAGCCCAUUGCUGCAGCUGCCCGCUCUCCUGACAGAAGCCUCAUCCUAAAUAUGGGCUCCAACCCUGGAAGCAGCCCCAUGUUCUGUAAUGUGGGCUCCUUUGGUUCCAGCUCGUUAUCCAGUGUGGGGGGCUCUGGCAGCUCGAGCGUUUCCGAUUCCUGCAGUGACCACUUCACCAUUGAGAGCUGUAAGGAGACAGAGAUGCUGAACUACCUCAUUGAGUGUUUUGACAGGGUUGGAAUAGAGGAGAGAAAAGCACCAAAGAUGUGUAGCCAGCCAACAGUUAGCCAGUUACUGAGCAACAUCCGAUCCCAGUGCAUUUCACACGCUGCUUUGGUGCUACAGGGAUCCUUAACACAACCCAGAUCAUUGCAGCAGCAGUCUUUGCUGGUACCAUAUAUGCUGUGUAGGAAUCUCCCAUUUGGCUUCAUUCAAGAAUUGGUGAGAACAACUUACCAGGAUGAAGAGGUGUUCAAACAGAUCUUUAUUCCCAUCUUACAAGGCCUGGCUGUGGCUUCCAAAGAGUGCUCCCUCGAUAGUGACAAUUUUAAAUAUCCCCUUAUGGCACUAUGCGAACUUUGUGAAAUCAAGUUUGGGAAAACACACCCCAUGUGCAGUUUGGUUGUCUCUUUGCCCUUGUGGUUGCCCAAAUCUUUAAGCACAGGUGCAGGAAGAGAACUGCAAAGACUUUCCUACCUUGGGGCCUUCUUCAGCCUGUCUGUCUUUGCUGAGGAUGAUAACAAAGUAGUUGAGAAGUACUUCUCAGGGCCUGCCAUUACUCUGGAGAACACCCGGGUUGUUAGCCAGUCUUUGCAGCAUUACCUGGAAUUAGCAAGGCAAGAGCUGUUCAAGAUCCUGCACAGUAUCCUGCUGAACGGGGACACCCGGGAGGCAGCUCUCAGCUACAUGGCAGCUGUGGUCAAUGCCAACAUGAAGAAGGCCCAAAUGCAGACAGAUGAUCGUUUGGUGUCCACAGAUGGCUUCAUGCUCAACUUCCUCUGGGUCCUGCAGCAGCUGAGCACCAAGAUCAAGCUGGAAACGGUUGAUCCCAUGUACAUAUUCCAUCCCAGGUGUCGAAUCGAGCUCCCCACAGAUGAGACAAGAGUGAAAGCAACAAUGGAGGAGGUUGCAGCCUGGACUGCUGAACUUUACAGGGAUCCAUCUCUGUUUUCUGAGCCCAAGUUCCCCACGGAAUGCUUCUUCCUGACGCUGCAGGCGCACCACCUGUCCAUCCUGCCCAGCUGCCGCCGCUACAUCCGCCGGCUGCGCGCCAUCCGGGAGCUCAACAGGACUGUUGAAGAUUUGAAAAACAAUGAAAGUCAGUGGAAGGAUUCUCCUCUGGCCACCAGGCAUCGAGAGAUGCUGAAACGGUGCAAGACACAGCUGAAGAAACUGGUGAGGUGCAAGGCUUGUGCAGAUGCUGGUUUGCUGGAUGAAAACUUCCUCAGGAGAUGCCUGAACUUCUAUGGCAUGGUGAUUCAGCUGAUGCUUCGCAUUCUUGACCCUGCCUAUCCCAACAUAAAAUUGCCUUUAACUCCCGAGGUUCCGAAAGUAUUUGCAUCAUUGCCAGAGUUUUAUGUGGAAGAUGUUGCUGAAUUUUUAUUUUUUAUUGUACAAUAUGCUCCUCAGGUGCUGUAUGAGCCCUGCACUCAGGACAUUGUGAUGUUCCUUGUUGUGAUGCUGUGCAACCAGAACUACAUCCGAAAUCCUUAUUUAGUAGCCAAGCUGGUGGAAGUGAUGUUCAUGACAAACCCAGCUGUUCAGCCCCGCACACAGAAGUUCUUUGAAAUGAUUGAGAAUCACCCUCUCUCCACUAAAUUGUUGGUCCCCUCCUUGAUGAAGUUUUACACAGAUGUGGAACAUACCGGAGCCACUAGCGAGUUCUAUGACAAGUUUACAAUCCGCUACCACAUCAGCACCAUUUUCAAAAGCCUCUGGCAGAACAUAGCUCACCAUGGUACAUUUAUGGAAGAGUUCAACUCUGGGAAGCAGUUUGUUCGCUACAUCAACAUGCUGAUAAAUGACACAACUUUCUUGCUGGAUGAGAGUCUGGAGUCCCUAAAACGUAUCCAUGAAGUGCAAGAGGAGAUGAAGAAUAAAGAGCAAUGGGACCUGCUGCCCAGGGAGCAGCAGCAGGCCCGGCAGUCGCAGCUGGCCCAGGAUGAGCGCGUGUCCCGCUCUUACCUUGCCCUGGCAACUGAAACUGUUGAUAUGUUCCAUAUCCUUACCAAGCAGGUCCAAAAGCCUUUUCUCAGACCUGAGCUUGGACCACGACUGGCUGCUAUGUUGAACUUUAACCUACAGCAACUGUGUGGCCCCAAGUGCCGUGACCUGAAAGUUGAAAACCCAGAGAAAUACGGGUUUGAACCAAAGAAGCUGUUGGACCAACUGACUGACAUUUAUCUGCAGCUGGAUUGUCCUCGCUUUGCUAAAGCAAUUGCUGAUGAUCAGAGGUCCUACAGUAAAGAGCUCUUUGAGGAGGUUAUCUCCAAGAUGAGGAAGGCUGGAAUCAAGUCUACCAUAGCAAUAGAGAAAUUCAAACUGCUGGCAGAGAGAGUGGAGGAAAUUGUUGCCAAGAAUGCCCGUGCAGAGAUUGAUUACAGCGAUGCUCCGGAUGAAUUCAGAGACCCCCUGAUGGACACUCUGAUGACUGACCCUGUGAGGCUGCCCUCAGGAACCAUCAUGGACAGGUCCAUCAUCCUGAGGCACCUGCUGAACUCCUCCACGGAUCCCUUCAACCGCCAGACGCUGACAGAAAACAUGCUGGAGCCAGUGCCAGAACUUAAAGAGCAAAUCCAAGCCUGGAUGAGAGACAAGCAGAAUGAGCAUUGAGAUUCCCUUGCAGUGCACAGCAGCCAGUGGGCAGAGCAGGGUGUGGCUGCUCUGGCAGGAGCAGGGCACACACACCUGGAGCUGUUCUGGCACUGCCUUGCAUAGUGACCAGGAGCAUGCGGACGAGGACGAAAGCAGCUUCAUUCUUGUACAUAUAUUUAAGUGAUAACGAUGGUCAAUAACAUGGAGGACAAGCUAGGAAGUUACUUAUGUUACAAAACUGUCCUUCAAUAUGUCACAUUUUGGAGUUUUUACAGCUGAAUUAUUUUAGCAAAAACGAAUGGAUCAGGGCAGCAUCCCUUCAACCUUGUUUUUUAUCGCCAGAUAUCCGUUAAUUUGAUUGUGGUUAGAACCUUGGACAUUUUGCUGCUAAAGUAAUUUUUUUUCUUUCCUUUCUUUCUGUUCCACCCAUCAAACCUGCACUGCUGUCUUUUUCUUUUGUAAUGCAAAAAAAUACAAACCCUGUGAAAAUCAAAAUCAUUCCCCUGCCCUUAAAAGAACAUAUUUUGUGCGAUAACUGUGCCUGCAACAAAGUGUUCAUCUUGGGAUCGUAUUUUUAUAUUACACAUAUUUGCCUAUUUGGUUUUUAAUUGGUGUUAGACACAAGGAUAAUUUCAAAAAAGCGAAGACUUCACAUGUGGAUUUUAAUUUCCUUUCCUUGAGAUGUCCCUUUCCUUUGUGUUGAUCAAGAUGCUCUGGUACUUGUGAAAAGCCUUGAGAUAGAAAUACGUUAAAACAGCUGCCAUGAAUGAGAUGCCUGGGAACACCAGGAUUUCAGUGACUUUAAAAAGAACAUACAUUCUUUCAAUGCUGCAGAUCUAUGCUAACUGACAGUUCUGAGCCAUUGGAGCUUGGCCGCAGAGAGCAGAUUCUUUUAUCCUUGGAGGCUGCAGUUUGGGGCAGGGGUCAUUUUUUAUGUUGCAUACCAAUUUGUAUCCAUGGCUUGGCCUUACCAAAGCAGAAAGGGUGCAGGAAAUGUAGAAUUACGUUUUUAAAAAAAAAUAAAAAUUCACAAACAUUUUUAUAUUACUGCCCCCUGCAUAUGAUACUUGAAUUUCCUUUUUAAAAAGGAUUUGAAACCACAGUGUUUUAAAAUUAAGUUGGAAAAAAAGGUUGUUUUUCUUUUAUUUGUUUUUCGCCAUGUCUUCUGUUCAAUUCCUGACUCUCUUGAACUACAAUAAAUGAUACACACUCGCA